AAGAACUCCAGCAAAUUCACAGCAGAAGAAUUACUCCUUUGACGAAGCUGCCUGGAGUGGUGUAAAGGGAUGAAUGGACCUGUGGAUGGCUUAUAUGACCACUCUCUGAGUGAAGAGGGUGCCUUCAUGUUCACAUCUGAGUCUGUGGGAGAGGGACACCCUGAUAAGAUCUGUGACCAGAUCAGUGAUGCAGUAUUGGAUGCUCAUCUCAAACAAGAUCCCAAUGCCAAGGUGGCCUGUGAGACUGUGUGUAAGACGGGUAUGGUGCUGCUGUGUGGGGAGAUCACUUCCAUGGCCAUGGUAGAUUACCAGCGAGUAGUGAGAGAUACCAUCAAACACAUUGGCUAUGAUGACUCUGCCAAAGGCUUUGACUUCAAGACCUGCAAUGUGCUGGUGGCUUUGGAGCAACAGUCACCUGAUAUUGCACAGUGUGUUCACCUGGACAGAAAUGAAGAGGACGUCGGUGCAGGAGACCAGGGUUUGAUGUUCGGCUAUGCCACUGAUGAGACGGAGGAGUGCAUGCCCCUCACCAUAAUCCUCGCUCACAAGCUCAAUGCUCAGAUGGCACACCUGAGACGUUCUGGUGUCCUUCCCUGGCUGAGACCAGACUCAAAGACACAGGUGACAGUCCAGUACACACAGGACCAUGGUGCAGUCAUUCCUGUGCGCAUCCACACCAUCGUUAUCUCUGUGCAGCACAAUGAGGAUAUCACCCUGGAGGAUAUGCGUGCAGCAUUGAAGAAGCAGGUGAUACAGGCAGUGGUACCGGCCAAGUACUUGGAUGAAGACACCAUCUACCACCUGCAGCCCAGUGGGCGGUUUGUCAUUGGGGGCCCCCAGGGUGAUGCAGGAGUCACGGGUCGUAAGAUUAUUGUGGACACUUAUGGAGGCUGGGGUGCUCAUGGUGGUGGCGCUUUCUCUGGGAAAGACUACACCAAGGUGGACCGCUCUGCUGCAUAUGCUGCUCGCUGGGUGGCUAAGUCCCUCGUUAAAGCUGGCCUGUGUCGAAGAGUGCUUGUGCAGGUUUCCUAUGCCAUCGGUGUGGCAGAGCCACUGUCCAUCUCCAUUUUCACCUAUGGGACCUCUCAGAAGACAGAGAGAGAGCUACUGGAUGUGGUGAACAAGAACUUUGACCUGCGACCUGGUGUCAUUGUCAGGGAUUUGGACUUGAAAAAGCCUAUCUACCAGAAGACAGCAUGUUAUGGCCACUUUGGAAGAAAUGAGUUCCCGUGGGAAGUUCCUAAGAAGCUUGUGUUUUAGAUCCAGUGGG